AUGAUUAUUUUCAUGCUCAUGUUUUUUAAUCUCUGAAUACAAAGGUGAUUGAAAAGAUGGGGUGACAACUUCAGUUGGAGGCUGUGUAACUUCUAUUAGGAAUGGAAUUUUCCAAAUCAUGGAUGACCAGUAUGAUUUAGUGCAGGCGCAGCAAUGUCGUCCUCUACUGACAUUGCAUCCGGAUCGACAGAACUGGCAUUAGUCAGUAGAUGGGAUGUACUGUCAAAAGACAAAGUCACCAUGCUCCAAUGAUCAACAACAGGGUUAGUAUUACAUUUUCUGAGGAGCUGAAGAUUGUAAAUGGUACUUGUCAAGGAAGUACCUUGUAAAUGUUUAGUAGAGUGGAAAAAAAGUUCUUGUCAUCUGGAAAUGAGGAAGAAAUCUUGUGUAUAUGUUCUACUAAAUUCAAAAGGCUUUGCAGAAUGUGGGCUAAUGAUUGGGUUUUAAAAUAUCCACAGAUAAAACUAAAUACAUAAUAUUUGGACCAAAAAAGGAAAAGAAAGGAAAAGACUGAUCCGAUGUUUGCCAGACAAACAUCUACAAUAUAUGAAGAGAACCUUGAGUAAGCCAAGUAGUUUAGAUUUCUUAAAAUGUGGCUAAAUGAGAGAAUGAUGGAUGGAAAACAGAACAGAACAUUAACCAGAAACAGAAACUACAAAUGUGUUUAUAAAUGAACAAUGGCUUAUGGAAAAAUGAGCAAGUCUUACUUCACAUGAUCACUUCAUAAUACAGCAAUACAGCAGAAAAAAAAUGCCUGUCUUGGAUAAUAAUAACAGUAGAUGGCAGCAAUGUGCCAUUGUGUCGCCUAGUCUGCCCAACCCAAACCCCAAAGUUCUCACGAGACUCUGCGUGAUUCAACAUGGCGACGAUGUUUGUGGAAAGUAAACAAACUGACUACUAAGCCAACUACAUUUCUCUCUACAUUGUCAAGGUUUCAACCUAAAGGUGCUGGACUACUAUAUUGAUUCCUACUCCGAACAAUUAUUCACAAUGGGAAAGAACGAGGAAACUAACCGAGCCUCUCCAAACCCGACUCCAUCAUCAAAACGAUCACUGGACUCAUUCACCGACUCGACAACCCAGAAGCAGCUGAAUGAACUACAAAACUCCACAGGACUUCCUGCUCCCUUCCACUCCUUGAUUCCUUUCUGAGCAACCACUGGCCUUGCCCAGACAGCUAAUCUCUGCUUUGCUUCCUGUCUUCACACAAGUGCUCAAGACUCUGUAAUCCAAGACCCAAGAAUGUGAGAAGUAGUUAUAGCUUUGCAUUAUGCAUCAGAUCUGGCUCUUUCAACCCAACAGAGGGUCCUUUCCAUAUACAGAUUCAAGUUUCUGCAGCCAGAGAUCAGCAAGCCAAGGUCUCUGUCCUUGUUUGAGUCAUGAUGCUAGCAUGCUGCCCACCCAACCAACAUCUACUUAGUCCCUAUAGGUGCAGGUCACCAGGAAUUUGAAAAUUUUCCAUCCAAGCCCGACUCCAUGAACACAUGGAGCCAGGCCUUUUUAUCUGACCCUGACAAGAGAGUCAGAUAAAAUGUGACAAUAAUAACGAAAUGUUGCAACAACAACAAUAAUAAUAAUAACCUCUGUAGAUAAAUUGCAAUUUGUGGGUAAUAGUCGCAGUAUAACAUAGCAAUUUUUAAACAAAUUUUUCAUCAAAACCUUUCUAGAGGGAAGAUUUCCACAUCAUAUUUUUGGUGAGCUCUUUAUCUUCUAGAGCUUUUCGAAUUCUGUCUUGUAAAGAGGAAGCUGAGUAGUGGGCCAUUCUACAGAAAGCACUGUGCAUUCCUCUUUUCUCAGGGAAUGUAUCAAGUCUUUUUUUAGAUAAAGGGAGUUUGAUUCUUGUGGCAGUUUUAGAAAGGGAAAAAAGCAUGACAAGCAGGCUGAUGUACUGCAACAUGAGGGGAGUUUUUUUUUCACAUCCUUUUGAUGAACAAAAUACCAAAUCUCUGUGUGUAAGUGGGCUGUAAACCACAUGAGGGGCAGUUUCUGAGGAAAGAAAAAAAUUUAAAUAAAAUUUCUGUCUUGUUGUUGCGUAUACUCCCCUGCUACUGAAGUUCACCCUCUAUGGAAAACCAUGUUUAGUCAUUUUCGCUGAAUGACAUAUAAAAUGAUACAUGGAAACAUAAAAAUGUGUUAGAAAGUAUCUUUGUUUAUUUGAAUGCAUCUUGACAUCUUUGAUUCCUCUUCUCCUUUUCAGUGUUUUAGUUGAUUGUGUUAGAUUUUAUCUUGGUAUGUGUCUGUGACAAUAGACAACAGUCUCCAAACAGUUUGUGGUUUGUGCGUGGUCUUUUAUUCCAUGACUAGUUUUGUAAACUAAAGUAGCACUGAAAGAGUUUUGUGGAGUUACAGUAAAGGGUUGUACUUUGCCUUCCUGUUAAAGCAGAUUUGGAGACAUCUUAGUUCUUGUAAUAAAGUUGGAUAUCAUUGCUGCUAUAAGACAAUAAAACUAAAUUAAAAUGAUGAACUGUUUUGAGUAUUCUGGAUUUGAUCUAUGUAUUUAUCUUAACCUUUGAUAGUUUAACACAUUUGUAGUCCACAUAGUGAGCAAUAGCUGACAGCGUGUUACUGUGUUUCUUCCAUAACUGUUUCAUGUGUACUUCAGCCAGUUUUUUGUCCUUUCAGAUAUUUCUCACAGUAAAAGUAAUUUUUAUUGUCUGUAAUAAUAAUUAACAACAGCUAGCAUCUCAUUAGUUAACAUUCACCAUUUUGGAAACAUGCCAAGCCAAAUUAUCUAGCAUAAUACAGUGUGAGUAGGAUGUGACUACACAGUAGCAUCAAAUGCUGAUAGUAAAACUCCAAUAUUGCUGUUCAGUCUGUGACCUAAUGAAGAACUUCAGCACUAAUGGUAGUGUUGAUAUUUUACUAUAUUGCAUAGUGUGGUCGUUAGAUUUACUAAAUUUCCUGAAGAAGAUUUCAUUACUUUUUUAUGUGUCUUGGGUCAUUAUUCAUAUUACUAAUAACUAACAACAAACAUUUUUCAGUUGCAAACUCACUCCAUUAGGUAUGUUUGCUUUAGCCACAACAUUAAGACCACCCAUCUAAUAAUAUGUAGGUCAUUAAGGCCUGUGAUAUCAAGCACCAAGACAUUAGCAGCAUAUAUGACAUGAAAGUUCCAAGCUAGGGCCUCCAUGGAUCAGACUGAAUGCUUUAUACUCAUCACGCUUUCCAAUCAAAGCUCUGUGAGCUUGCUUUCCUCUGUCUUUCUGUCAUCUCUUCCCCAGACAAACAAAUCAAGUAUGUGCAAGUGAUUUUCAUAAUAUUAAAGAAAUUUAUCAGACCUCUCCUCCUCCUCCUUUGGUGUUUGAUGUGUUUUGAGGUCCUUUCUAAAGAGAGCAAAUUUGAUUCAUAUUCAGCAGUGCUAAUGUUGUGGCCAUCAGUGUAAGAAGUAAACUUUCUGAAUCUGAUGUGCCGUGCUGUCGCUAUGAGUCUUCCUGUGGGCAUCGUGGCCACACUCACUUUUUGUUUAUGCAAAUAUAUUGGUUUUAGCUGACAAAACUCAACUGUUUGCAACCUCUCUGUCUAUCUUACUGGUCACACUUCUUUCCUGUUUCCCAUAGCUGUUUCAUAGCUAAUACAAAUAUAUACAUAUAUGCUAGAUAUAGAAAAAUAGAGCUCAUCUUAUCUUGAACACCAGUGGUGACAUCAUUUAACACCUUAAGGUGCUACUCCACCCAAAAUAUAGCUUGAGCAUGAAAGGCUCACUCUAGCGUGAAGAUGACUGUUAAAAACUUGCAGCUUAAAGAAUAAAGACACACAUUCUCCAUGAUGACUGUGAUACAGUCACAAAGCCUCCCUAAUAGGCAUUGCUAUUUUACACAACUGUUGUUUUGUAAGCUCAUGUGAAAGGGAUAUCAUAUGUUUUUAUACAUUAUCUCUGUAGAGAAGGUUUUUAAGGUUUGUUCUUUUGGUUCUGUGAAACCCUCUGGGUAGCUGUUUUUAAACUAUGGGCCAAAGAUAAGCCUGAGGCCCAGGAGCUACACCUUAACAUGUGUGGUGUUCAAGAUCUGGGAUUUCCGCCACCAACUAUCGUUGGUUACCUUGAUGAAACCAAAGACAACUUCAAAAUAAAGUGCUAUUUUCAUUUUCUCUUCAGAAGAUGGUUUAAAGUGAUUGUGAAGUUGAAAUGUCAUUAUAUGUUAGUUUUGAAAGUCAGCAUCUAAUGUAAAUAAAUCACUUGUUAUUGUUUUUACAAUUGGCUGAAAUAUAGCACCUUUACACUUAUGUUGAGCACUCAAAGUUUUCUCCACCCAGUCACAUAUACCAUCAUACAGCUUUUUUUUCUGGCUGUUUCUAACAUUUACACACUCAGUCACACUCUAGUUGAGGACAACAUGGGGAUUCAAGAUCUUGCCUAUGUAGAUUAGGAGAGCUAGGGAUUGAUCACGCAACCUUCCCAGUGGUAGACAACCCGCUCUACCACAGCCGCCCACAUUGUUGCAGCAAACGUAGAAGGGUGUUCCUUUUUCCAGGGCAUGGUUUGUCAGUGAUGAUGAAAAGACAUAUUGCGAUGCAGCGUGUUCCUAUUUUUGAGUUUUCCCAGGUGAAUUUAUGACAAUCAAUUCAGAAUAGUAAUGAACUCUGGUUAUCUGACUAGAGUGCUGACUAAAUCUUCAACACAUACUCCUGUCUGCUAAUAGACAUGAAACACCUACACUCAUUCUUACUCAUUAUAGUUACCAUAUGAUCUUUUCAUACAAACAAGCCAUGGAAAGGAUUAUGACUGAUAGUAAUUACAACAACAUCUUCUUUGUAUAUCACAUUUAAAACAUGCAUCCCAAAACUUUGAUUCUGUUCAUCUGGAUGUAGCAUUUUCAGUGGGAGAAACAUUUCGUCACUCAAUGUUUUGUGAGUGACGAAAUGGUUCUCCCACGUUUCUCCCACUGAAAACGCUACGUCCAGAUGAACAGAAUCAUCCUUUUGGGACUUACUUCAAGACAUUUAAACAUGCAGUUACCACUAAUUUCACAAUUCGAAUAGAACCAUUUGUCUAAACAUAUAGUAGACCUAUAACUAAACAACGAGCAAGAUAAAAUGGCACCUGUCCCUCAAAGUGACCCAUGUUUAAACAAAUGCCUCUCCCUGGGCCUGCUCUUCCUCUUAAAAUACAGUUCUUCUUUCAAGCUGUCACAAGUGCUUCACAUAGACAAAUCACCCCAGUGUUGUCUCUGUACUGUCUUUACGUUACUAUGUGACACACCAAAAAACAUUUUUCAGAUUUUGUGAAUAUUACGCAAAAAACAAAAUCGCAAGCAUGAGCUAGAUAAAAAGGACAAGGACAUUUUUUCACAAACAACAUAAUGCUAAGUAUUAUUACGGAAACAGCUCAUUUUGAUUCUAAAAACCUUUAUAAAAUUAUAAGGGAAGUGACACAUGUACUAUAAAUACAGUGUUGACAAUGACAUUACUGGCAGUUCAUUUUCAGUGGAAAAUCAAACACAAUAACGUGAAAAACAUUUGGCAAUAGUGGUCAACAUGACUGACGAAUAGCUGAAGGUUGCAGACUUUUCUAUGACUUAAUGCCCCACAUUUGAACUGGCUUUCAGUGUGUCUGCCCCACGUAGAAACGAAGACAACACAACAACAUAUGUGAACACUUCACAUCAAUAGCUAUCAUAUGCUUUUUAAAAAUUUAGAAUGGUGGAACUAAGUGAUCUGUGGUCUUGCCUGUGUACGCAGGUAUACAGCAGGUGAGUGUAUGUGCCUGUUUGAAAUGAUCUAUUGAGUUGUGUGGGUGUGCACUGAGGUGCAAAAGGGGAUUCCACACAGGUGUCUGUUUUUGUAUUUGAUGUUGGUAUAACUCAGUCAUACACAUGCCAUGUGCAGAGGAGGUGUGGUGUGUAAGAUCCUCCCAGGCACUGGGUCUCUAUUCCUCAUUGAGUCUCCACUCGCUCAAAUGUGUGACAUCAUUGGAGUUUCCACCUCUUUCUUUUAAAACAGCCUCUCACAGAUAGCGGCAUCAAACAAGAACGGUAGUAGAGGAAGAGGAGGAAAGGCUGCUAAGAAGUGAACUGUAUCUGAUAGAAGGGACCCACUAAAAACAAUGGAAGGUGAAUGCAUGGUAGUGCUGGAUACUACGAUCAACAAAGACACAGAGAAACAGGCAACACAGAGAACACAGAGAGAGCCCAGGUCAAAGCUAACCAUGGUCCUCCUGGCAUUCACACUUUGCCUCGCUGCUACUGCUGCUGCUGCCCUUGUUGUUAACAGGCGUGCUGAGGCUCCUGGACAAAAUGAGGACAAUUUUGAUCUCCAUCACACUUUGAGGCAAAUAUCAAAUGUGAGAGCAGCCAUUCAUUUGCAAGGAGUACACAACUAUAGUAGAAAGACCUCAGUGGAAUGGCAGAAGGAUGUGGACCAGUCCCACUCUCAGGGAGGACUAGAGCUCAAUAACAAUGAAAUUGUGAUUCCUCGAGAUGGCCUCUACUUUGUUUACAGCCAAGCAUCUUUCCGGGUUGACUGCAGCAGCGAUGCCGACGAUAUGUCUUCGCAUCCCAUGGUCCACCUGAGCCACACUGUCCAACGCUGGUCUCACUCAUAUGCACCUAAAUAUGUGACCAUUCUUCACUCUAUCCGUACAGUCUGCCAAAAGACAACCAGUAGUGAUUCAGAUGAGGAUGGGAACUGGUACUCUGCAGUUUACAUGGGGGCUGUGUUCAACUUGUAUGCUGGGGACAGACUGAGAACAAAGACAGAGGAGGCAAUGCUGGAGAAAUUGGAGGAUGAGCCAGGGAAGAACUUCUUUGGUGUUUUUGCCUUGUGAGGAGAGGUGUCUGAUGAAUGUAGGUGAAAUGGUGACGUCAGACUCCAUUUCUCCACCAUGACCUGCUGCCCUUGUGGAAUGCAACUAUUGAAUGUGAGGAAGCCGCAGAGGGUUCACAUUGCACUAAAGAGGUGAUGGAAAAUUUACUUUUACCAUCAGCCAUACUUGAAAUAUUUGUAUCAGCAAGUCAUUUCGUUUUUGUAAGUAAACCAAACCAUUGUAACUACAGCAGUCAACCAAAGAGUGCUACCAUGUCACUACAGGCUGACAGAAUUGAAUAACAAAGGGUUUACUUUUUGGGGAAUUUAUUUAUUCAACAUAUCUUUGUCAUAUUUAUUUUAUUUGUUAUAUUUAUUUAUUUAUUUAUUGAAGUAUUGAAAUGCUUAUAUAUUUAUUAAUUUUAUUGUGUUUUAUACUGAAUGUCCAACUGUAUUUGUGUGGAUUUUUAUUUAUGAAACUAUUUAUUUCAUUUUAUGGCAAGUGCAAAAAAAUGUCUGCGAAUUUAUAGUGCCUGUGGUACUCUGAAAUAUUUGAAUAAAAGUCAGCUUAUAAAGAAAUGA